GCCCUCUUCCAUAACACUAACUGUAGGGUCAAGGCUCUGGUAGGAUGCGAGGUUUCGAGUAACAAAGGAAGAACUUUAUAAUGCGGUGAUUCACUCACUCCGAAGCUGGAACCAGGGUUUUAACUGCAGAGGGAAGUUGUUGGAUGUUUUAGUUUUUAGUUAAGUGAAUUAGUAAGCCUUAAUUAACUUUCUGGGACUCGUUGAGACCGCCAACAUGUAGCAGACCACAUUGCCGAUGCCGACUUUGGUGAACUAAACAAGCCUUCCACAAGUUGGAUCUUUCUUAUUUUUAAUCAUUGUAGAGCUCAAAUGGAAAUAAACGAGUAAGGAAGUAGUGAAUCACCAUAGAGAACCUUCAAACAUUUUCCACGACUUCUGUCAACUGUAGAAGUGAGUCAAUCUGUGGUUAAUAACAAUGUCAGCAUCAGCCUCCUCCUCCGCGGGCCCGCCACGGGGUAAGGCCGGCGGGGACGCGGCCCCUCCGACCCCCUCGGCCGGCAGCGGCAGCGCCGCGCAUCGCCCGCUGCAGCCCCUCCGCGCCACGGUUCCGUUCCAGCUUUUGCAUGGAAACCAGCAGAGCCCGACCCGCUCUCCCUCCUCCUUCUCCUCCUCCUCCUCCUCCGCAGUCGGUAACAACAGCGGAUCAGCGACGUGCUCCAGUCCCGCCAGCCCGACCCCACUGCUGCUUGCGAGCCCAGGAGGAAGCGGCUCUGAGGUCAGGCUGGUGCCCCGACAGAGGCUCUCUCCGCCCGACAGGAGCUCGCCGGAGCCCGUAUCCAAAGCUGAAAGGCCAAAGGCCCAGCAGGUGAGGAGCGUGGGAGCCAUCAGGCGGACCUCCUCUCUGGGCACCAUCACUGGGCCCUACCUCACCGGCCAGUGGCCCCGGGACCCCCACCUGCACCACCCGUCCUGUAUGAAAGAUAAAUCAACACAGACCCCCGUGUGUUGGAUUGAAGAGGUGGAGGAGAAGAGGAGCACACACCAGCGAUCCGCCUCCUGGGGCAGCACUGACCAGCUCAGAGAGCAGAUAGCCAAGCUAAGGCAGCAGCUGCAUCGAAGCAAGCAGAGCGGGCGCCACCACCCCCUCCCCCACCUCCCCCCGCACAGCGGCAGGGACAAGGACUGCCUCUCCCCCCCGCCUCCGUGCAUCGCCUACGGCCCCGCCACCACCCUCAGCCCCCUCACGGCCCUCAGCCAGCUGCAGCAGCAGGGCUCCAUGUCGAAGCCUGCCGCCCUGCCUCUGGCCAGCAUCUCGGUGCCCAAGCCGUCCAUCUCACGGGUCCCCAGCAGCAUGGAGGGCAUCAACCACGAGCUGGAGAAGGUCUUCAUCAGGGACCACGGCGACAAGGACGAGCUCAAGGCCCUGGAGGUCCCUGACGGCCGGCGGGCCCCCUGCCCCCCCCAGCAGCGCAGCAGCAGCACCCGCAGCGUGGACACUCAGACCCCCUCCUCGGGGCCCGGCCGCUCCAGCAGCUGCUCCAGCCUGUCGCCCUGCCCCUCGCCCGCCACCGCCGGCCCCCCGGGGUCCCACGCCGGCAGCCCCUACUCCACCGACGAGCUGCUGUACGACCGCGACAAAGGUGCCGACAGCGGGAGCAGCUCCCCGCUGCCCAAGUUCGCCUCCUCGCCCAAGCCCAACAACAGCUACAUGUUCAAGCGGGAGCCGCCCGAGGGCUGUGAGAAGAUCAAAGCCUUCGAGGAGACCAGCAGCUCCAGGCCGGCCCCGUCCGCCCCGCUCUUCUCCUGCCCCGACAAGAACAAGGUGAACUUCAUCUCCACGGGCUCGGCCUUCUGCCCCGUGCGGCUCCAGGGCCCGCUGCACCCCGGGGCCCUGAGCCUCGUGCCCGCUUUCCAGCCCCUCGCCGAGGGCGGGGACCCCCCCCGCCACCAGGUGGAGCCAGAGGGGCCGGCCGCGGGGCACCCCGCCGGGACGCCGCCCGACACCGAGGCCCCGCCCCCCCAGACAGACCCCCCCCAGGCGGUCAGUUAAGGGGUCCGAGCAGAGGCUGGCCUCUGCCCCCCCCGUUACCUAUGCGCUAGCCCCCCACGACCACAACACACACACACAGACGCACACACGGACGCACACACGGACGCACACACACACACACACACACACACACACACACACACACACACACACACACACACACACACACACACACACACACACACACACACACACAAGAGAUACCCCCCCUCGCUCUGCUAGGCAGCGCCUCACAUCUUUGCUAAUUCUUAAUUAUUGUUAUUGAUUUGCUGUUGAUUUCCCCCCCCCCCCCCAAAUCAAUCUUCCCGCCCCACUGCAUGAUGUGUUGCCAUGACGACCCCGUGAGGAAGGGCACCCUGCGGCAGGGGGGGGGGGGGGGGGGGGG